AUCACCAUGAAGCUGAUUUUUUCUUUGACUCUCAUCUGGGCUCUCUACAGCACAGCUGGAGCCCUGACGUGUAUGACCUGCACAGACCAGACGUGUUCAAGCACAAUACCACUAACAUGUAGCUCAGAGACGAUGUGUAUAACAGCUACCAUCCUAGCUACUCAAUAUGGAAUUUCAGCAACACAGCUCUACAAAGCCUGUGCAGCGUCCUCUCUGUGUCCGGCUACAGGCACCUCGACUUUUUCAGUCAACUUGGGAACCCAAAGUGCAAUUGCAUCUGCUCAGUGCUGCAACACAGACAACUGCAACUCACAGACUCUGCCUGCCCCAACUACUCCUGCUGCAAACUCCCUUCAAUGCAUUUCUUGUAACCCCACAACGUCUCAGUGCAUCACUCCAAUAACCUGUUCAGGAGAUGAGACCAACUGCUUCUCAGCAACUUGUAAGUUUAACAAAAUACUGACUAAUCCUUAG